UGGGUUCACACUCGUUUUAAAUAACGGCGCAUCUAGGGGGUCGAUUGGUGGGCUGUUGAUGUACACAUACCCAGCCCAUGUUCGUAUUCACUGUCGUCGCAUUGCGUCGACCACGCGGCCCCCAGCCAGCCGCUUACGGACACCUCCAGACGCUCGCCAACCUCGUAGACGAGUGGUCCCUUGUGAUGUGGUGGGGCCACAAGGAGGACGGAAUUCCGUUUUGUCAUGCUGGGACAAGUGAUGACUCGCUGCCGGCUGUGAAGCAUGUGAAGAUGGACUGCGUAUAUGCUGGUCCAGUGUUGGGUCCCAUCAACCCGUCUCGUGAGAUGCCCCGAGCCCUUUUUAAAGAUUCACAACUUAUCCUUUAUAAAUAAAGGAGCUAUGAUCGUGCCAAAGCCUUCCUCGCAAUGCCUCGUAUUGAUCAGCGCUCCAGCGAGAUAACGAGGACGUAGUCAAGAAGACUGGUAACAGAACCCCGGUA